AUGAGUCUGUGGACGCUGCCGGACAUCCUCAUCCUGCACCUGAAGCGCUUCAGGCAGGUGGGCGAGCUCCGCAACAAGCUGAGCGCGCUGGUGCACUUCCCCCUCAGCGGCCUGGACAUGAGCCCCCACAUGGUCCCAACACGCCAGCCCCCAACCAAGCACCCAACCAAGCACCCAACCAAGCCCCCGGGCAGAAGGGCCCCAGGAUCGACCCCUGUGGAGUCCCUCUACGACCUGUACGCCGUGUGCAACCAUCACGGAGGCAUGAGCGGCGGACACUACACAGCCUUUUGUCGGAACUCCGUGGACGGACAGUGGUACAGCUUCGACGACAGCAGCGUGGAGGUGGUCCCGGAGGCGGAGGUGGUCACGCACGGGGCCUACCUCCUCUUCUACCAGCGCAGGGACUCCAUACCGCUGUGGUCGGCCGGCUCCUCUGCCAGUGGCUCCACCAGCUCCUCGGCCUCGGACCACUGGUUGGUGCGGCUGACAGGGGGCAGCAGUGAGCAGGACAGCGGACCCCCAGGAAGUACCACCCCCGAGUCUCUGGAGCUGCCCGUGUUCGGAGACGAGACCCCCAAGUCUGAAGACGCCGAUGGCUUUGACACCAAACCGUUCGUUCGCGGGACUCAAGGCCGCAGCGUCAGUAUCCGCUCUCCCAGUAAGUCCAAGGACCCACUGAGCCGGGUCCUCCCCCUCCGCUGGUCUUUGACGUCCAAGGAGUCUCAGCCCAAGACCCCGCCGCCGCCUCCCCGACCCGGAGAGCUCGUAGAAUACCUCGAAUCUGGACGGAGGCCGCGAUGCACCAAAGAACCCAUCGUGUCGCUCGUGGCUACCCCUCCUCUGCGAACAGCCCGCGGGAGGAUGCUACACUCGGGGCUGGAUUCCCCUAGCGGUGGCAUUGCUAGCGCUGGAUUGGACUCGCCAAAGAUCGCAGAAGGACAGAGGAGGGUUUAUGUUGAGAACUUGUCGAGAUCUUCCAAAAGGACUUUAGACUACGGGCUUCCAAAGGGGGUUAUGCAGGAGGUCGCCUUUAGCCAGAGUGCCCCGGCAAGUCGAGAUUCUACCCUGCGACGGAACAGGAUUCAAAAUGGCGGGUCGACCAGGAUUCAGAAAGACCUGUUGCACAUGGUUCUUGAUCCCGAGGACAGGAGCGGGUUCAGCGUACAUGACAGAAACAGCCACGAAAGCCUUCUGUCCUUCUUCAAACCCGGGUUUAUAAAGAAAGACAGUCCCAGAUCUCCGCUCCAAAGCCGUUUGAACGGUAAACCGGCUUCCACAGACUUGUCCAAACUGUCCUACUCCAACGGGACGCUCCACGCGACCGAUCCGAGGCUCAGCGGCGCCCACAGCUCCUCUAACGUGAUGUCGGGCUACGGCAGGUGUGCGUCCCUGCAGAGGAGCGGGGGGCCUGCAGGGGGCGCCCCAGCUCAGCGCUCCGUCCUCACAGACAAGCCUGGAUACAGCACCCUCCAGUGGACGCGGUACAACAGCACGUCCCUGGUGCCCACGUGA